UGUUGUCACAGCUGACUCUUCUGACUCUGAAGACAUCAAUCUAACUGGCAGUGAUUCUGGCAGUGUUGUGCAGUGGGUGCAGAACCAGCAGCACCCACUUGUUUCCAGAGCAGCAGAUAAUUCUCCACUGCUACUGGCAAGUGAUGAUGACCUGGAACCAAGAGACAGUGAUGGAUACGUGAGAGAUAAAGUGUAUCUCCAAAGUCUGAUUUCUGACAUAAGUGCAUGGUCAUCAGAUACUCUUAGCUCUCCAAACUGGAUGGAUGAGUACUCAGAGUGGGAGCAGGACCAGGAGUACCCACUUCUCUCCACACCAGUGGAUGAUUCAGUUGUGCUACUGGCCAGUGAUGAUGAUGAAGAGCUGAGAGAUAGUGAUGGGCUCUUUGGUCCCCUAACAAGUGUGCUUUACAACGAUUGCUUCUUAUGGCAGCUGGAGCAAAACCAGCAGUACUUACUUGUUUCCAGAGCAGCAGAUAAUUCAUCACUGCUACUGGCAAGUGAUGAAGAGGAAGGAAGAAACAACAAUAGUGCAUGGUCAUCAGAUACUCUUAGCUCUCCAAACUGGAUGGAUGAGUACUCAGAGUGGGAGCAGGACCAGGAGUACCCACUUCUCUCCACACCAGUGGAUGAUUCAGUUGUGCUACUGGCCAGUGAUGAUGAUGAAGAGCUGAGAGAUAGUGAUGGGCUCUUUGGUCCCCUAACAAGUGUGCUUUACAACGAUUGCUUCUUAUGGCAGCUGGAGCAAAACCAGCAGUACUUACUUGUUUCCAGAGCAGCAGAUAAUUCAUCACUGCUACUGGCAAGUGAUGAAGAGGAAGGAAGAAACAACAAUAGUGCAUGGUCAUCAGAUACUCUUAGCUCUCCAAACUGGAUGGAUGAGUACUCAGAGCUUAUUGAAGGAUGUGAACAACAAAGAAGCCAGUUGCUGUUGGACAGCUCUAUCCUGAGUGAUGAUGAUGAAGAUGAAGCAACAGAUAAUGAUGUGUCUGUGACUGAUUCAGCAUCUGAAGAUGAGGAUUCAUCAGAAGAUGAAACUGAAAGUUCAGAUGCUUGGCCAGCAGGUACUAUUAGGUGUCCGAUCUGCAUGGAUUUUUACCCACAGAUUGUGCAAAGAGGACGAUUGAUUUUGUCAACACUGUGUGGCCACGUCUUCUGCAGUCAGUGCCUCCCUUUUGCCCUUCAGACUGCCAGGUUUUGCCCAACCUGCAGGACAGAUCUCACUCCAGGACAAUACCAUCCCAUUUAUAUAUAA